GUCGGAUGGAGUAUCAGACAUCUGCAAACGAAGUGCGUGCCUUCACACUAAUAUACUUUUUCGCUACCUCACAUCAUCACCAUCAGCAUGCAAGGAAACUACGGACACCAGCAGCAGGGCGGCUACGGCGGACCUCCUCCUCCUGGAGGUUUCAUGCAGGGCGGCCCCGGUGGACCUCCCCCUCGCCAGGGCGGACCAUAUGGCGGCCCUCCUCAAGGCGGCCCUCCUCAAGGCGGCCCGCAGGGUGGACCCCCGGGUGGCCGUGCUGGCACUGGCAACCGCGGGUUCCAGUGGGUGUCGUGCUCCAAUGGACACAUCCCACCGAACGCCGUCCAGGGUGGUAUCGAGCGCGACGGCAAGCCGCUGUUUGUGGCCCGCGCUAUGUACAAGGGCGGUCUGCACCCGGGCAAGGCUGGCCCACAUAUCCAGAAGGGCGGGUGCGCCAUCGGCUGGGGCCACGACGAGAUAAACGUCAGCGACUACCAGGUGUUGGUGGGCGACGCCAGCCAACUGCGGUGGGUUAAGCAGGAGGGUUCUCUAAGCAUCCAGGGAUUCGUGCCCGUGCAGGCCGGCCACGAGGAGACCGGCGAGCCGCUGUACGUUGCAAAGACAUUGGUGGAGGGAUCGCAGCAGCUGGGCAAGUGCGCCCCCCAUAUCAAGAAGGGCAUGUCGUACCCGUAUGGCCACAAGGAGCGCGACACCAAGGAGUACCAGGUCCUUGCGUAUACGAACUAGGUAGUGCUUCUCUAGGGUUCUUUUUUGUCAUUUUCCACACAACACCAUUUAUCUGCUAUUGUCGAGUGGCAGGAUGCUCAAGGCCAGACAAGGCAUGCUCACACGCCCCCGAAAUGGGAAUUGUUUGUUUUACCAACUGCAUAAAAGCUUCGUGUAUCCAGUUUGUGAAACCCCUGUGUUGUGGCCAUCGAAGGAGUGGUAGGAUGGGUCCCUCCAAGCCAGAAGACGAGGCAAGUGGCAGAGCGUUGGCCGGAGACAUAAACCAGGCUGAGCCGUGAAGAAGUGAGAGCCAAGGCCAUGCUCAAUAGAUG